GUUUAAAUGGCUGACUGUUUUUAAAUAGCUGGUGGAACAUUUUCUUUGGAGGUGUUUUCAUUUUCAAACAUUUGUGCUAAGAUAAACCAUUUUUUCGUUAUUGCAAUUUUAACGGAAAUUAAUGUGUAAUCCGUACAAAAGAUAAAACAGAAACGCUGGCAUAUAUUGUUGGAACAGAACAAUAAUUCAUCAAACGAGAACGAAUUUUUUUCCUUUCACAAAAGUGUAUUGUCGAAUAGGGGUGGAUGAUAUAAAAAAAAAUCUGUGAUAAACUAGUGCACGAUAAUUUUUUUCACGGAAACUACUUGCUUCGAAUGAAAUGCAACUAAAUUAUUUAGGGAAAUUCGUGUUCGGUCGAUAACAAUUUGGAUACAGUGUAAUGUUAUAGGGUUAAUCAUAAAUGUUUCGUAUGCUAGAACGACCAUUCCAUUAUUUAUCGAUUAAAACACGUCAAUUUGUGUUCCAUUUGAAGUUAAAUUUAAUUAUAAAAAUCAGAGCAAUCACUUUUAUGAAACAUGUUUGUUAAAUGUAUUUAUGUCUCUGAAUCAUAUGCAACAUAGGAACACUUAACAUAAAAAAAAACUAUUUCCAAUUAGAACGAAGUGUGUGAGACAAAAAAAAGUGAUGACGAAAGUCUGAAAACAUUGUUUUCGAGCUUAACAUAAAAAUAAUGAUUUAAGAACGUGUAGAAGUAACAUUAAAUGUCACGAGUUUCAAAUGGAUGCAAUGGACUAUUGUCAAGGGCCACCAUCCUCAAUGGGAGAAAUGGUGACAAAGUCAAAAUCUCAAAUGAACUCAGGAAACUACAUAAAUGUUGUGCCAAUGCCAGUUGGUGUUCAGUAUCAUCGAAGAAAAUACUCUCCACAAAUUACCGCAGACUACCAACCGAGAAUAUACUAUUCGGGUGAAUAUGUACCACGGGAACGGUGCCGCGAAGAUUACUAUCCGAUUGCAUCGACACCAGCAACGGAAAUCGAUUCUCUAGCUAACAAUGCGGUCGCAUCGCCGCCAAACGUCUCCUCUGUACUAUAUACAGUGCAGCGUGUUGUCACAACAUCACAAAUUCAAACUGCCACAUCAUUUCCACCAAAUUCGGUUACAGUUGCCAAUGCUGUUCGAAAUGAAUCUGAUAGCAAUGCUGUGCAAAGUUCGCCAGGAGCAACCUUAAGUACAAAUUAUCAAGCACACACAACAAGCUCAUCGGAUUUAUUGCAACCAUCAAAUAUUAGCAUUAACAACUAUAUGAAUUGUGGUGCAACAUCAGCAUCAACCACUCCGAGGCCUCUUCAAAAUGUGAUACCAACUUGUGUUUAUUUAAUGUCACGCAUAGCAGUGCAUAUGGAAAUUGAAGGUACUGCUCAAUGUCCAGCACAAGUAAUGUUAGCUGCAGCGCUUGGAUGUGAAGAAUUAGGAAUAGCAAAUAAAUUACUGGCACAAAGUGUAUUCGGUUUAUGGAUGACGAGUCCGUUACUGGAAAUCCAAUUGAAACCACACAAUCGUCCUUAUGCGGUACGAUCGUCAUGGGCCAAAUUAUUGGAAAAGCACAGCCAUGGCAAUGCGAUUCAGAAAAAGUAUGAUGAACCGAUGAUUGGCUUGAAGCGCAGUGUAUAUUUCUCGAAGAAAGACGAAGAGAAGAUCAAAGAUCCAAGAAUAUUGGAAUUGUUGUAUGAAGAAGCGCGACACAAUGUUUUAUCAGGCCGGUAUAUAAUGGAGCCAGCUCAUUCGAUAAUGCUUGGUGGAAUACAAGCCAGAAUAGAAUUGGGACCAUACAACGUACACACUCAUACAAUCGGCCACUUCCGAGAGAAUCAGUCACGAUUUUUACCGGCACAUGUGGCUAAAAGUUCUAGUUGGUCAUGGCUGCCAGUCAGUCGAAAGACAUCAGCUGAAGUCAGACUAUUGGAACAAUUCAAGCGGGUACCGACUACGGCUACAACUAGAAAAUUAAUGAGAAAAUAUUUAGAAUUUUGCUGGGCACUUCCAUUUUACGGAGCUGCCUUUUUCCACGGACAAGUUGAACAACCUGUUAGAGGUCUAAUGAGUCUCGUAAAUCAUAAGGACAUUUCAGUAUUAAUUGCAAUCAACGAGAAAGGAUUGUUCGUAAUAGACCAUUUCGAGAGUACAUUGAUAUUGGGACUUCGCUAUGAGGAACUCUCAUGGGAUUAUGGAAAACCAAGCGUGUCCGAUGAUCCGGACUGCUUGUCAUGCAUUUUUAUUCAGUUUGAUGCAGUUGAGAACGGAAUUGCCAUCACAAAGUUGAUGCAAAUAUUUUCCCGUCAAGCUCCAAUGAUGGAUGCCUUAUUAUCUUAUUUCGCUGAACAAAUGAAACGACGCAGGGAAGGAUACGAUGGUCAGCCGCCUGAAAUAAAUGGACCUGAAGAACCGAAUCCGAUACAGAACAACGGCAAUGGCGUUUUGAGUAAUAAGUUAUCAAGAUUAACGUUAGCAACAUUCGACGACGAGAGCAGAUGCAUCGGUCAAACUGGAUCACUAUCGAUUAGUUUUUGAAGUGACAUGGCAAAUAAAUCUCUCGCGUAUUUACUUCAAAUUAAAAACAAGAGGACAACAAAAAUCGAA